CUGUAAUUACCACUGUUGAUGAUGGUUUAUCUAUCUUCAGCUUUAAUUUGUCUAUUAGUUUCUUGGUGAUUAUGCUUACGGCUGCGCCCGAGUCCAGCACAGCUCGGAUUCACUUUGAUGAACAAAAAUUGCUCCUUAAGCAUGACGGCAGAAGAAUUGAGGUACCCAUUUCCAAUAGUGGAACAAAAAAAUUGGAAGUACCGGAAGAAAGAGAUCAACUCGAUAGUGACAGCGGAGAUGAGUUUGGCGAAUAUACCUACGAAAAUGAAGAAUUAGUUGAAGCGGAAGGAUAUUAUACAGAAGAGACCAGCGAAGAAGACAAUGAGUUGUUUUAUAACCCCUGGGAAGAAGUAACGAGCCCGGCAAUAUACCUGAUGAGUAUAGAAGAAGUACUGGCCCAGGAAGAUACGGAAGUAAAACUCACUGUAGAAGAACAGAUAGAAAAGUUCCUACAAAACGACGCCCUAGACAAAGAAGAGAAGGAAAAGGCAGAAACAUUUUUUCAGAAAGAAAUAAACAUAUUUACCAAUAAUAUGCAGGGUCUCAGUAAAACUACUGUAACAAGCCACCGGAUCGAUACUGGCGGGGCCAAACCGAUAAAGCAAAGAGCCUACAGAGCGGCACCGAACGAACACGAGUUUAUAGAACAGGAACUAAAAGAAUUAGAAGAAAGAGGUUUGAUUCAAAAGUCCAGUAGCCCGUGGGCUUUGCCCGUAGUCAUGGUCCCAAAGAAAG